CCGCGCAGCGCGGAGCGCGGCGCCCUCCCCGCGGCAGCGCGAUGCCGUGCUUUCUGAAGGGAAUGGUUGUCCCCUUCCUCUUGGUGACCUGGUCGUCCGCCGCCUUCGUCAUCUCGUACGUGGUCGCUGUGCUCUCCCGGCACGUCAACCCCUUCCUCCCGUACAUCAGUGAUACAGGAACAACACCUCCAGAGAGUGGUAUUUUUGGGUUUAUGAUAAACUUCUCUGCGUUUCUUGGUGCAGCCACGAUGUAUACAAGAUAUAAAAUAGUAGAGAAGCAGAAUCAAACCAGCUACAUCAGCACUCCUGUUUUUAACUUGAUGUCUUUAGUUCUGGGAUUGGUGGGAUGUAUCGGAAUGGGCAUUGUAGCCAAUUUCCAGGAGUUAGCUGUCCCAGUGGUCCACGAUGGCGGCGCUCUUUUGGCUUUUGUCUGCGGUGUCAUGUACACACUUCUGCAAUCCAUCAUCUCUUACAAAUCGUGUCCCCAGUGGAACAGCCUUUCCACGUGCCACGUACGGAUGGCCAUCUCUGCUGUCUCCUGUGCUGCUGUCAUCCCCAUGAUUGCCUGUGCUUCGCUAAUCUCUAUAACCAAGCUGGAGUGGAAUCCAAAAGAAAAGGAUUAUGUAUAUCACAUAGUGAGUGCAAUCUGUGAAUGGAUAGUGGCCUUUGGUUUUAUUUUCUACUUUUUAACAUUCAUCCACGAUUUCCAGAAUGUUACCCUAAGGAUAUCCACAGAAAUCAAUGGUGAUGUUUGAAGAAAGAAGAAUUCUAUCUCACUCAACAAAAGUGGCAAACAAUUUCUAGAAGUGGUACAGAGGACAGACAGGGUUUUAAUGCUGCCCUGUGUGGAAUUCAUCUGCUGCAUAUCUAAGACUUGAAAUUCUUUAAGAAUUCCCAAUAGUUGUACCAUUUCCAAAGGUAUGUUUGCCUAGAGAAUGUGGAGCAUUUAUGAUAUUGUAGCAAUGUUUUUAUAAUUUUCUAAGUAGAUACUUUUUUAUAUUAACAAAUCCAUUACAGAAAAGAUAAGGUAUUCCAGAAAAUGGAGACCUCUUAUUUUUGUACAGAUUCUGUUAUGUUUUUUCCUUUGUGUGUGAGUAAUUUAUAUAACUACACUAAAAAAUGAGGAAUUCAUUAAAAAGUAAAAUCAGGGGAUAUUCAUUUUAAAAUUUCGUUUUUAAAGAAUGAACUGUAUAAUUUUUAUAUCACAAGUGCAUGUAUCAAAUUCAAUUUAUAAUGAUCAUUAAGAUUUAGUUAAUAAACUAACACUAAGAUACUAUGAUUUUUUUAGAUGAACUAAGCAUAAUGCUUCUAUUGAAAGGCCUUAAUACCACUGUGCAUAUUAACUUGGUCACCAUGAAGACCUCAGUUUUGAAAUUCCGUCCCUUAUGGGCCUCCCUGCUCACAGAGACCAAGCUUUUACCCUUGCUGCUAAUUGGCAGUCUGUAGUUGUGUGAUUCAAGGUGGGAUGGAUUCAGCAAGGCAGGUUAGAAAUUAAAAGCCUUAUAAUGAAGGUGAAAUGGAGGUGAGCAACUAAUAGGAAAACCCCACUGGAUUCCAGAUUGUUGCUUUUCUAGAGGAGUGAGGAGGGGAAGUGUGUCUCAGGGAACAUCCAUGGAAGGCAGGAUUAUGGGAAGGAGACUUUUGCUUAAUACUAAGUCUCUGCAAAAGCCACCCUGCGCGAAGCAUUACAAAUACCACUUAGAAAACCAUCCUGUAUUGUUACUGGCAUACCUUGAUAUACCAUCUGACCCAGAGGCUGCAACUCACAUCUCGAGUUCAUUUAUGCCAGUCAACAUGUCGAUGGGAGUGCAGGUCUGAGAGAGGAGAAAGGUACAGGAUAUAGUUUAUUUGCUCCUUCUCUUAAUGCCUGUGGCUGGAUGUUUGCACACUAUAUGAAAUGUGAAGCAGGUCCUUUGCUCAGCAAGACCUCCACGCUCCACUUUUCAAUGACAAAUGAAAAUGACAAAUCCCAAAUGACAAAUGAAAAGCAAGACAUUCCAGAGGAAGACAAGGGCCUUGAAAUGUGAAGGCUUAGGUUUGAAAGCUGAAGAGAAGGAAUUCUCCUUCAAGGACCUUCCAGACUAUAAACCCGGCCAAGUGGUCUUGUGACUUUGAGGGCACAGGCCAAGGGUGGAGCAGCCCACCUGGACAGCCGUGGAGGGAGGGGUGAAGGGGUGAGGCUCAAUAGCGGUCAGCCACCUCUGCAAGGACAAAAUGUGUCUCCCCUAAGGGUUCAGCAUGAGAGCCUGAUACCCAUGUCUGGGUUUGCUGUGACUUGUUAUAAUGCUGUGGCUCCCCAUAACACUGGAACUGAAAGCGAUGCCAAGCAUUCGCUAUUCUGGAACGGGGGAGGAAUGCCACAUACCUUUACCCAGGAACCUGCAGCAGAAUGAAUCCACGGUUGGGUCUCCUUUGGAUCAGACUUUUGUUAUCAGCACUUCUCAUGCUGCAUUGUCAUUCUUCAUUUCUGCAUCUCUCUGGGAGCUCGUUGAGGGCAGAGUCUGUGCCUUAAUCUUUAAUUUUGUAACUCUGGCAUUUACCUCCUGGAACAAAGUAGGUGCUUAAUAAAUACUCAUUGAAUGCAUGAGUGAAGGAGUGAGCAAAUGAAGGAAUGGCUGGGGAUGGUGGUAGGGUUGCAUAAUGAGAUUUACUCUGGUUUACUGGUUAAGUGAUAAACAAAUAGUCUGUAUCACCUUGUAAUGUUGACUGUUUUGCUUUUGUGUGCUGUAAAUGUUUUAGUUGUUUGGGCUUCUCCAUUCUAUGACAACUCUCUUCAACCUGGACAGUUACCACAGAAAUUGUUACAUGGGCUAGACAAAAUGGUAUACCUGGCUUGGCAAACUGAGAAGGCCAAAAAUCACUCCAGAUGAUCACGUUCUGCUGAUCCCAUGAAACUUCUAAAGCUGGUCUCCAUAUUUUGGUAUUAUUUCUAAUGUCCAUGAACUUGCAUUUCCUUGGACCUCAUGGCUGAAAGAGUAAAAUAAAAUGAAAUAUUUCUUUAUUUUAGUAA